AUGACUUUAUGUUUGACUCUGAUGCAGGCUAAGGUCGUGGAGAGCGACAACAUAUGUCAAGAGAAUAAAAUGCUAAAGAAGAAGGUGGAGUCACAGCCUUUCAAUACCAGGGACGUUGAGAGGAUGAAAAGAGAGUUGCAGGCUGCUGAGAAGGAUGCUGGAGAGGCUGAACUUGCUAGGAAUGAUUGGGAGGAAAAGUGUUGGGAGCUUGACCGUACUCUCCCAAAUAACAUCAGAGACUUAGAACCUAUCACCAGGGAUUGUAACCAAGCCCUUAAGAGGUUGAAGAUUGGUAAUGACAUUCAAUAUGUCUUGAAUCCCAAGGGAACCACGCCUGCUGAGAUCAUGGGCAUAUGCUGCUGCCGUACAGUGAAUCAAAACUAUGCAAAUAUUCUUUUGAUGCUUUUACGUCUCCGUCAGGCUUGUGAUCACCCACUUCUUGUUAAAGAAUACAAUUCUGAUCCUGUUGGAAAAGAUUCUGUUGAAAUGGCAAAAAGGCUUCCAAAAGAGAUGCUGAUAAAUCUGUUUAAUAGUUUGGAAACAACUGCCGCUAUAUGUUUUGUCUGCAAUGUAACGUCAUCUGAUAUAGAUCAUUUUGCGGAAUCGAUAGAUAAUGUGGGACUGCAUGAUUUAUUUCAAGAAUAUGGGAAUAUUUUGUCUAGCAAAAUUGUCAUCUCUGAAGAUGGGAAGAGCAAAGGGUUUGGUUAUAUACAGUUUGGUUCAGAGGAGUCUGCAAAUGAUGCUAUCCAGAAAAUGAAUGGCUCUACUGUGAGAGAUAAGCAGAUAUAUGUUGGGAAAUUUAUCAGAAAAAGUGAGCGCUCUUUGCCUGAACCUGAUGCCAAAUAUACAAACUUGUACGUUAAGAAUUUGGACCCAGAUAUUACCGAAGCACUUCUUAAAGAAAAGUUCUCAUCUUUUGGAAAAAUUCUUAGCUUGGCUAUUGUAAAGGAUGAGAAGGGGUUGUCAAAAGGUUUUGGAUUUAUGAACUAUGAAAACCCGGAUGAUGCAAGACGAGCAACGGAAGCAAUGAAUGGAUCACAAUUUGGUUCAAAGAACCUGUAUGUUGCAAGAGCACAAAAAAAGGUUGAACGUGAGAAGAUCUUGCAUCAGUGGUUUGCAGAAAGAUGCAUGGAGAAAAACUUGAAAUACAAGGGAUCAAACAUUUAUGUGAAGAACAUUGAUGAUAGUGUUAGUGACGAAGAACUAAAGAGUCAGUUUAGUGCUUGUGGCACAAUAACUUAUGCAAAAGUUAUGCGAGAUGACAAAGGAAAAAGCAAAGGCUUUGGGUUUGUCUGUUUCUCUACCCUGGAUGAGGCUGUUAAGGCUGUGAACAGUUUUCAUGGACGCAUGUUUCACGGAAAACCACUGUAUGUUGCUUUUGCUCAGAGGAAAGAUGUUAGGCAAAGCCUAUUGCAGCUCCAGCAUUCGCACUGGUGUUGUUUAUCAUCACCCUAA